CAAUAUGCAUAAACAACUGAUGAAGAGAGUAGGUUGGAACAUAUUUUUUGGGCGCCUACUCCUUGUUUUGAUUGGUGCCAAAAAUAUGGAGAUGUGAUUGUUUUUUAUACUACUUACAAAGAAAAUGCAUAUAACAUGCCUUUUGGUAUUUUUGCUAGUAUCAAUAAUCAUGGAAAGACAAUUCUCUUUGGUUGUGCACUUCUUCAAAAUGAAACAACUAGUGCAUUUCAAUGGUUAAUGAAGACUUUUGCAAAUUUAAUGAAGAAUUCACCUAAGGCAAUUUUAACAGACCAAGAUCCAUGGAUUACAGAGGCAAUAUCAAAAGAAUUGCCAUCCAUAGAAUAUGCUUUUUGUAUAUGGCACAUUACGGCUAAAUUUAGUGGUUGGUUUAUGGCAAUUCUUCGUAGUCAAUAUUCAAAUUGUUGCACUGAUUUCUACAAGCUAUAUAAGUUAGACUCAUGUGAAGAAUUUGAGCAUCAAUGGUCUCAAGUAAUGGCAAAAUAUGACAUGCUUACUAACAAGCAUGUAAGUGGUUUAUAUCAAAUCAAGCAUUUUUGGGUACCAUGUUACCUUUGUGGCUAUUUUUUUUGGGGGAAUGACAACAACCGGAAGAUUCGAAAGUAUAAAUGCAUUUAUCAAAUGGUUGACCUUGCCAUUGAAGAUAUUGAGCAAACACAAUCACAUGAUACAAUGUUGGAGAAAUAUAGAGGUUCUUCCUUAAGAACAUUGUCACUGAUAGAAGAACAAGCACAUAGUGUGUUGACACCCUACGCUUUCAAAAAUUUUCAAGAGGAGUUUGGAAGAGCCACACAAUAUUCAGUGCUUAAAGAAAAUGGUAUUGAAUUUGAGUUGCAAUAUUAUGAAGAAAAACUAGUCAAAAGCACUUGGUCUUAUGGGAUGGUGAGAUGACUAGUUGUAGUUGCAAGAAUUUUGAAUUUUCGGUUAUACUUUGUCAUCACACAGUUAGUGUAUUCAUUCACAAAGAUUGUUACCGAAUUCCAUCUUUGUAUCUUCCAACUCGUUGGUGUCGCGAAACAUCAUUAGGUGGAAAAGAAUUGAUAGUGUUGAGUGAUGAAAAUUUAGUGGACAAGGAAAAUAUCGUCGAUGCUAAUGCUAAUUAUGCUAUUGAUGGAGAUUGUUUUGUUCGUUGUCCUCCACUCUCAAAGACAAAAGGUUGCCUAAAGCAAAAAAGAAUGAAAGGUGGAAAAGAAUUGGGAAAGUAAAAGAUAACUUGUGGGUUUUGUAAGCAUGUUGGCCAUAACAUCUCUACAUGUCUAGAAAAGGAGAAGGAAACCUCAACUUCCUCAAAUGGUGCAAAGAAAAUGAAAAAUUGUACUUCAAUUGAUAUGGGA